AUGACUUCAGUCAAAAUUAAUGUUAAAUGGAAUAAAGAAUUGUUGAAAGAUGUUGAAGUUGAUACGUCAUUACCACCAGCUGUUCUUAAAGCUCAAUUAUUUUCAUUAACAAAUGUUCCAACUGAAAGACAAAAAAUUAUGGUGAAAGGACAAACAAUUGGUGAUGAAACAUGGGGAAAAGUUAAUUUAACAAAUGGUCUAACACUUUUAAUGAUGGGUUCCGCUGAUCCAGUACCUGAACUUCCAACGGAAAAAGUCAAGUUUCUAGAAGAUAUGACUGAAGCACAACUUGCUCAACAUUUACAAUAUCCGGGUGGUCUUAAGAAUCUUGGUAAUACUUGUUAUAUGAAUGCUACAUUACAAUGUCUCAAAAGUGUACCUGAAUUACGUGAUGCUGUUAAACAGUAUCAUCCAACACAUCGUGGACAAGGUGCUAUGAUGAUUGAUGGAACACAAAUGAUAGCAAAUGCCUUAAAAACAACAUAUCAACAAUUAGAUGGAACAAGUGAACCAUAUAUGCCAUUAAUAUUGCUUACAUCAAUUCAUCGUGAAUUUCCACGUUUUGCUGAAAAAGAUGAUCAUGGUCAUAUGAUGCAACAAGAUGCAAAUGAAUUUUGGGUACAACUCAUGCAAAUACUUCAAAUGAAUAUACCCGGAAAAAAAUUAAAUGAUGAAACAACAACAGUAUCAAGUACUAACAAUGAAAAAAGUCUUAUAGAUCAAUAUUUUGGAAUGAGUGCUCAAUCUAUAAUGAAAUGUAAUGAAGCACCCGAAGAACUAACAACUGUGGCUGAAGAACGUUUACUUCAACUUAGCUGUUUUAUUAGUCAAGAUGUUAAAUAUUUAUUGACUGGUUUAAAAAAUAGAUUGGAAGAACAAAUAACAAAACAUUCAACGGUCCUUAAUCGUGAUGCUGUUUUCACUAAAACUACGCAUCUUUCACGUUUACCUGCUUAUUUAACAAUUCAAUUUGUACGAUUUUUUUAUAAGGAAAAAGAAAAAGUUAAUGCAAAAAUUCUUAAAGAUGUUCAAUAUUCAAUGAUACUUGAUGUAUUUGAUUUAUGUACACCAGAAUUACAAAAACGUCUUAUGCCAGCGAGAGAACAAAUAAAAAAAUCUGAAGAUGCAAAACUUGAUCGUGAACGAGCUAAAAAACUUGGUGAAGUAGUUAUUGAACCAAAAAAUUUAACUCGAUUACCAACGUCAUUUCCUGAUGAUAUUGGCUCAAAUAAUAAUGGUUUUUAUCAAUUAAAUGCUGUUCUUACACAUAAAGGUCGAUCUAGUUCAAGUGGACAUUAUGUUGCAUGGGUUCGUCGUAAUCAAAAUGAAUGGCUUAUGUUUGAUGAUGAAAAUGUGACACCGGUGACUGAAGAAGAUGUUUUGAAAUUAUCUGGUGGUGGUGAUUGGCAUACGGCUUAUUUACUUAUAUAUGGUCCAAGAACAAUUGAAUAUGAAGAUAAACCAAACGAAGGUGCUAGUGGAGAAUCUAAUGUUGAUACUAUGGAUACAACAACAUCAUCAAAUGGAGCAAGGACUUAG